AUCGCAUCUCUCUCUCACUCUCGCGACAAACGUCAGCGCGGAGAUCCGUCAAGUACGCGAAUCGGAGUAGACGAUUUGCCAGUUUAAUCGUUUCAACGUCAUCGCGCGUAAUUCGCGAUCCUUUUAAAAUAGACUCAUUAUUAUUCGAUAUGCAUAGCCGCGGCGUGCGAUGAUCCCGCGGCCGCGGGCGUUCGCCGAUCAAUGUCAUCGCACGCGUGUCACCGCCGAUCUGUCAUCGGGCCGAAAAUGCGAGUGGGCGUAAAAUCGCCGGCGGGUCCCCCCGACGACGUCGUAUACGCCGCGCUGCCCAACUAACCUAACAUCUGAUCUGAUGCGAUGGUGACCGUGGUCGGACGGGACGACGGAUGCGCUGGUUAGAUAUCGCGUAUCGCCGCACGUCGUACAGCGAGAUCAUCUGUCAUCUGUCAUCUGUCAUGCGUCGGGACGCCCGUGUGACGCCGCUCGAGGACGACGACGACGUGGAUCAGAUUCGACGCGAUCGCUGACCGAUCCUCGCGAGAGACCGUCUCUCCUCUCCGCUGAUCGCUGCGCUUUUAUAGGUUAUCUCUCUGGAUCUCCAGUUGACACGUACUGACGAUACUGUCACGUACGUAUACGCGUACGUAUAUGCACGCGCGACUUAUUCCGAGUAAAGUGUUGCGAAAUACCGCGCGUGAAACUACGUGAAUUCUCUUCUCCACGGCAUAUCACAGCUCGCACAAUCUUCGUCAUGUGUCUCGGGAAGGUCGGGUCGUUCGAGCCCUUCCUGUCGACGGCUACCUUCUGUCUCGGUUUCGAACAGCAAUACAAAAGAGCAAAUGUGAUUACAUUUUGGAGGAAUUUUUGAAUCACAUAAAUAACUGUUGCAAUGUGCUUGUGACUAAAUAUAGAUCUUUUACAUUGGUAAAAUAAUGCUUAGAAUCGUCAUAUAUCUUUGUAUAACUUGACUGUAAAUUUCCAAAAUGCAAGCCAAGAAACGCUACCUAUUAUUAUUUGUAACAUGCGCGUUUCUUGGUUACUGUUACUUUGGUGGAUAUCGUUUGAAAAGUGAAAAAUGGACAGGCAGAUCUCAGUUGCCUUACGAGCGAUUGCCUUCAUAUUUAAGUCUAAAUGAAGAGUUCUAUGACAAAGAUUUAAAGACAUCCAGUGGAACUUUAGCUAUGUCUCAACGUGCAAGGCAUUGUCGCAUGGAAACCUGCUUUGACUUUACCAGAUGCAAGCAAGGUUUCACCGUAUAUGUGUAUCCAGUUGAAGAAGUGAUAAGUCCGUUAUACCAAAAAAUAUUAAACGUUAUCACAGAGUCGAGAUAUUACACAUCAGAUCCAGCACGAGCAUGUAUAUUUGUCUUAGCUCUGGAUACAUUAGAUAGAGAUCCUUUAUCCACUGAAUUUGUACACAACCUUCCCUCUAAACUGUUGCAUCUGCCAUAUUGGAAUAACGGAAGAAAUCAUCUGAUAUUUAACUUAUACUCUGGUACAUGGCCCGAUUAUGUGGAGGAAUCGCUGGCCUUUGAUGUGGGUUAUGCGAUGCUGGCUAAGGCUAGUAUGUCCAUCUUUAGACAUAGAUCAGACUUUGAUGUGUCGAUACCUCUGUUUGGCAAACAACAUCCAGAACGUGGUGGAGAAUCUGGCCAAGCGUUAGAAAAUAAUUUUCCCAAUAAUAAAAAAUACGUGGCAGCCUUUAAGGGGAAACGAUACGUACACGGUAUUGGAUCUGAGACAAGAAAUGCUCUCUAUCAUUUACAUAAUGGCAAAGAUUUGGUAUUUGUCACAACUUGUCGUCAUGGAAAAGCUUGGAGAGAAUUGCAGGAUGAACACUGUCAGCAAGAUAAUCAGGAAUACGAUACAUACGACUAUGAGAUUUUAUUAAUGAAUGCAACAUUUUGUUUGGUUCCACGAGGACGACGAUUGGGCAGCUUUCGAUUUCUAGAAGCUUUGCGUUCAGGAUGUAUUCCAGUUAUCUUAAGUAAUGGUUGGGCUCUUCCUUUUCAUGAGCGUAUCGAUUGGACUCAAGCUGCCAUAUUUUCCGAUGAGAGAUUAUUACUUCAAAUUCCAGAUAUAGUACGAUCCGUGUCCAAUGUACAAAUUCUUAAAUUGCGGCAGCAAACGCAAUUCUUAUGGGAGAGAUAUUUUUCAUCUAUCGAGAAAAUUGUAUUCACCGCAUUUGAGAAUAUUCGCGAGCGUUUACCAUGGGAAGGAGCACGAGAAAGAAUUGUUUGGAACACCAGUCCUGGAGCAUUGGUGAUUUUGCCGCAAUUUGCCGAUAGCCAACAAGAACUUCCCUUUUCAAACAGUAACCCUGGUAACACUUUCACUGCCAUAAUUUAUUCGCAAUUGGGAUCCACCGCAGUUCUUUAUCGCCUACUUCGAAGUCUCGCAAAAAGCAAGUACCUAGAUAAGAUUAUACUUAUGUGGAAUUCGGACAUUCCGGUGCCAAGAAAACGUUGGCAAGGUAUUAAAGUGUCAAUCCACAUUGUCGCGGUUGACGGUAUAUCUCAACGUUUUUAUCCUCAUCCGUUAAUCAAAACUAGUGCCAUAUUGUCGCUUGAUGAAGACGCUACUUUAAAUACCGACGAGAUUGACUUCGCUUUUACGGUGUGGCGAUCGUUUCCUGAUCGAAUAGUAGGAUAUCCAGCGAGAUCUCAUUAUUGGGAUGACUCAAAGCGUUCCUGGGGUUACACUAGUAAAUGGACAAACGACUAUAGUAUCAUACUUACUGGUGCUGCUUUCUAUCAUCGCUACUAUAAUACUUUGUAUACCGAGUUAUUGAGCUCGACCCUUCAUAAGACCGUGGAGCAAUCGCAGAAUUGCGAGGAUAUACUUAUGAAUUUCCUAGUGAGUCACGUUACACGAAGACCGCCCAUCAAAGUGACGCAGCGCAAAUUGUACAAGGACACUGCGGUAGCUGGCAUCAGGUCCCCGUGGAACGAUCCGGAUCAUUUCAUACAACGGCAAACAUGUAUGAAUACAUUUGUCGCUGUCUUCGGCUAUAUGCCCCUGUUGCGAUCUAACAUGCGACUGGAUCCUGUUCUGUUCAAAGAUUCCGUGAGUAAUCUUCGCAAAAAAUAUAGGCAAAUUGAAUUAGUUAGUAACUAACUAGGAUUGUACACACUGUGCUCGAUUUUUUGCGCGCAUUUUACAUUUAAUUUUACAUGCGCGCCUGACGCAAAAUCUGUGUUACGCGAUACGAGAUAUUAGAUCUGUUUCUUUUAACUCACUUAUCGUUUGGUGUAAUUGAAUCAGAAAAUUUAUAUUGAGGAUUUAAAAGAGGGAGAGAGAGAGAGACUGGAGAAAGAAUUACAGUUGAAAAAAGCAGAUCUAUUGUCCUCGCCAUGCGAACAUGCGAGUGUAAAAUGUAUGGGGAACAUUUAUUGCGCGUUUGCGAUCUACGCUACAUUAUCAAUGUCGGGCAGUAAAUCAAAGUCCGUUAUCCAGCAAGGACACACACGCAGUGGGAGUUUUCUAGGAAGAAAACAUAGAUAGACUAUGUGAUGCAAUUGAUUAUCGGAUAGAGAAUUUUUCAAGUUUCGCAAAUUGUAAUUGUUCCCUUUGAUAACCAUUGAAUCCUGUUGAAAUAUUAUGUUUAUGUAUUUCUUUCCGGAAAGCUCUCAAUGAUAUCUUGCGAUUUAUUUGUGAGUACUUUUGUACAAAUUGUAGAACAAAUUGUAGAAUUAUAACGAUGCAGUUUCUAUUUGACGACAUCUCGCAUAGCUAUUAUCUGCUGCGAGGCAGCAUUUAAUUGAUGUACAUACAAAUCGUUUUAUAGUUAAUAAUAAGAAAAAAAAGUUAUUUAAGAAACACUUGAACUUUUCACACAUUGAUCAUUAAAAUAAUUAUAUGAUAGAAUCAUUUAAAUAAAAUAAAAACAAAAAUCAAAUUUUUCUGAUAUUCGUUUUCGUACAAUGAUCUUUGAUUAUUUUGUUAAUGUUUGUGAAAUACAAGAGGUAAACAGAUAUCAUUUGUAUGUAUAAUGACAUUUUUAAUCAUGGAGAUUUGCAUAUGUUUUUCUAUCUGAAUAAAUGUAUUUUGUGUGAUUCUUCUUAGAUUUGAAAAAAUGUAAGAAAUCGGAAAAGUCUAGAAUAGACUUUGUUAAGUGCUUUUGGUAGUGGUGACAUGAAAGUCAAUAUUUGUAUCAUGGGAAGAUGUGAAGAAAGAAGCAAGAUUUGUUUAUAUUUAAAACAAUUGUAAAGAUAUUAUAAUUUAAUGAGAUUAUGUAUAUAAUCUCAUUAAAUUCUAUAGAUAUAUAUAUAUAUAUACUAUAUCUCGAUAUAUCAAUUUUUCUUGAUAUCAAGUAAUUUUGAUGUUGUAUGAUUUAUAGGAUCGCAUUACUAAUCCCUUUUUUUCUUCUCUCUUUUCGAGAGGAAUUCUUAUAGUUCGUAUAUUUGAACUUAAUUAUAAGCACUUUGUAUCCAACAAA